GAUGAAGAAGUGGAUAAUCCAUAAUGCAAAUGCUGACAAGGACGAGGAGCUCUUCCACUUCAACGACCAACGAGCAUUAAGAUCUGACAUGAUGACACUGGACACGGGCAAGGAAGUGAAUGCGACAGUUAUAGACACCUGGGCAUGCGUACUAAAUGACAAUGAACGGGAAAAACCAAUCCUUCAUCCCACACGAUUCUUUGCAUCAACCAAACUAAUGAUGGAAACAGUGGUGGGAUGGACAGGGACACGAGCACAACAGCUCAAACUAUUUAAAAAGAAAAUGAAAAGCGAGAUGACGUUCAGCCCAUACAAAAAGUGGGCAGAGAUUGACAUGGUAAGUUAACAUAUGACUUAAAUGGGUAAGAAGUAUGAAAUGUAUUUGUUCAUGGAU